AUGCCUUUCCCACCUAUCAGCCUUCAGCAAAGGAUCUCUUCUCCUGGCAGGGAACUCUUCGGGAAAAAGAAAGCGCACGGAGUGUCUCAGACUGAACAAACCGGCAAAUGUGUCGGAGAGAAAGCGGGCUCCGACAAAGAGAAGCACUCCACUUCUUGGGCAUCGGCGAACCUACGGAACCUAGGGCGAAAAACACAGCAAGAGAAGAGUAAAAGCCCAGUUAAGAAACCCGGGGCCGGGCAAGAGACUCAGGCAAAAUUUUCCUGGCUUUCGGUGCCGAAACCACAGGACUCAUCCCAGGGAGUGAGGCGCUCCAGCUCCAUGGACUCCGCCAGGCAUCUCCACAGAAAGGAGGAAGGGAAGAAGGAAAUUCAAUUUACCCUCAGCCUAACCCCCGAAGCCAUACUUGUUAUCCAAAAACGGAAUCUUGAAAAGCAGAUGAUGGCAAAGCAGCAGAAGUGCUGCGCCUCCGCUGACUUUCGGCACCGUCGAGUUUUUCCGUCCAAAAAAGCGCACGCGGGCUCCAAGGGCUGCGCUCCGGGGGCCCGAGUGGACAGCCCCGAGCCGGACAUCACCGCCAUAGUCAAAAUAUCCCUGCUUAAUGACCAGUACAAGUAUGACGAUGUGGAGUACGAGGAGGAGGAUGGAGACGUGGACGAGAACGUCGUAAGGAAAUGUAAAGAGUGGCUGAAAGGGGUGGAAAAUGCAGCUGCUUUGGGAAAAGUCGACAAACUUUCAGCACUUCCGCACCUUAAAGGCUGCUGA